AUGGCGAUGAUGAUGACUGGCCGUGUGCUGCUGGUGUGUGCCCUCUGCGUGCUGUGGUGCGGUGCUGCCGGCGGAGUUUAUGCGAGUAAUCUCGAGAACAACGCAGUUAGUCGCUGCAUGGCGUCGGGAGUGUUGAAUACAAAUAAAUCGUAUACGCCGAGCGGAUGCGAAAAAACUGCGCUGACGCUGCCUUUACGAUCUGUCUUGUCCAUCACUGCUGCUGAGGCUUUGACGGACGCAGAAGAUCUUUCACCGGAAGAUAGUCAAGAUUCAGAUUCAGGUGUUGACACUGGUUCUGUUGGGGGUGCGGAUGAAGGUGAGAGCAACAGUCAGGCUUCUGGCGGUAAAGCCGGUGGAGGUUCUAAGGGUGAUGGUGUUGCUGAAUCAAGUGAGAGUUCUGGUAGUGGCUUAAGUGCAGAUCGUCCCGGAGAUGGUGUUGGUGAUUCUUUGGGUUCCGCUGCUCCUGCUGCUACUCUUGCUUCCCCCAUUCCCAAAGUGAAUACUUCUUCAAAUGACCGCAGUGGUCUGCCAUCUAAUCGGAAAAUGGAUUCUUCAGAAGCAGGGAAGCAGCCAGAGGCAACAGUGGGUGCAGGACCCAAAGCGCCCAACAUAAAGCCACCGGGGAAUUUGGAAAUUAAAGCAGAUGAACACUCUUCUCCCGCAAAAGACACAAACGAAGAAACUGGAAGUACUGAUUUGGGUAAAAGUAAGGAGAGUUCAGAGGAGAGAGCCAAGGGGACGCAGAGCUCUUCCAGCAGCUCAUCCACGACACGCAUAUUACCACAAUCGCCACAAUCGCCGGCAGUUGCAGCAGGAGGAAAGGGUCUAACAGCAUCGGCAGUACAUUCACCAACACCACAAGCACAGACAACGCCACCAGCAUCAGAAGAGGAGGGAACCCCACCAUCCGCACCCGAAGGGGAAAAUUCCUUGGGAAAGGAAGAAGAUGUUGAAGAAGAAAAAGAACAAAAAAAACAAGAACAACGACAAGGAGUAAAACAAAACGAAGAACAUCAAGAACAACUAAGCCAACAGCAACAAGAACAAAAGCGACAGGAGCCACAGCAGGAAAAACAAGAAGAGAAAGUAAUACAGCAGCACCACCAGCAAGAACAGCAAAAAAAUGAAAUCUCCGCGGAAAACGAAGAAAACCACGCAACAAAUGCAACCGUCACUGGCACAAAUACCACCGCAAAUAAAGAUGACACCGACGGCAGCACCGCGGUCUCCCACACCACCUCCCCUCUUUUGCUUCUUCUUGUUGUUGCGUGUGCGGCUGCUGCUGCGGUGGUGGCCGCGUGA